GAUAUUUUUAAUUGUAAUUUUUUUAUUUAAUAUUGUAACCAGUGUACUAUUUAUUCAAAUAACAAAUAAUUUUACAAACGUAAUUCUUGGUUCAUAUAAUAUGGUACAUAACCACUGAAUCGACGAGUUUUGUAGUAUUCAGACUUUGUUUAAUAAUGUGUAUAACCACGAAGUAGGAGUUUUUUUUAUGUUUCAGUGCACUUUGGUACUACUAUUACAGUGCAUUGUAACAUUUAAGUACACGAAAUAAAUACCAGUACACAGUACACCUAACUAACAUGGUACAUGAGGUUAGUUUCCAGUACAAUAAUAAAAAUAUAUUGCUUGUUUUUUGGUUAAAUUUUUGAAAAUGCAGUACAGUACAAUGUUUGUUUACAGAGACUAUGCAAAACAUUUAUAACAGUGUUAAAUCUGGAGGGCUGAAGGUUGCAGAGUUCCUGACCCCAGUCUUGAAAGAAUCCAAAUUUCAGGAGACUGGGGUUCUUACUCCUGAGGAAUUUGUUGCAGCUGGAGAUCAUUUGGUUCAUCAUUGUCCAAGCUGGCAGUGGGCAGUGGGUGACCAAGCUUUUAUUAAGGAUUAUCUACCAGCUGAUAAACAGUUCCUAAUCACCAAGAAUGUGCCCUGCUACAAAAGAUGCAAACAAAUGGAGUACAGAGGAGAAGAGAUGGUUUUAGACAACGAUGAUCCAGAGGGGGGCUGGGUGGACACUCACCAUUAUCAUGAGAAGGAUGAGGUUGAGACCCAGGUGUCCGAGAUGACUCUGGAGGAUAAAUCUGAGGAGAAGGAGGAAGAUGUAGAGGAUGAAGAGGCUGUUGAUAUGGAUGAGUUUGUUGAACAGGGGGGUUUAGAGGAAGAUACAAAUACAGUGAUAACAGAACCUAAACUAGCUUCCAAAGGUGGUGAGAUCCUAAGUACAAGAACCUAUGAUCUAAAUAUUACUUAUGAUAAAUAUUAUCAAACACCAAGACUCUGGUUAACUGGAUAUAAUGAGAACAGAGUUGCCAUGGGAGUGGAUGAAAUGUAUGAAGAUUUCUCUGCGGAUCAUGCCAACAAGACAAUAACAAUGGAAACCCAUCCUCAUCUACCUGGACCACCCCUGGCGAGUGUUCAUCCCUGUAAGCAUGCGCAGACCAUGAAGAAGCUUCUGGAUCAAAUUAGUGAAGGAGGAGGAGAUCUCCAGGUGCAUCAGUAUCUAAUUCUCUUCCUUAAGUUUGUUCAGGCGAUCAUACCGACGAUAGAAUACGAUUUUACCCAGAACUUUGCUCUAUAAUUCGCUGAAGAUAAACAUUCUGAAAUCAAUUAAUAAACAUAACUUUUUUUUACUAAAUCACCAAAUCAGAUUUAUUUAAAAUGUUUGGAUGAUGUGAAUAAAAUAUGGUGAUAAUUUAAUAAAUAAAAUAUGUUUGUAUCUAUUUUAAUACUUUUUUUUUAAUUAGAUCAUAGUUUUUGGUUUAAGGAGUAAAGAGUAAUAAAUGAUAUUAUUUU